AUAAUAAUUUUUUUAAAUUGUUAUUUUUUCUUUAUUUCCAUCGCAAUUUUUUCCUCAGAUUUCCCAGUAGCGAGCUUUUACAGUCCUGAAAUCGCCCUUGAACUUUUUGAAAAGUCACUGCUCCCUCCCUUCCUCUUCAAAAAACCCUGGUUUUCUGAAACCCUGAAUCCAAUCAUAAAAUCAAGGGGCCUCUAUUUCUCACGAUGCAUCUUCUACAACUUGCCUCAAUUUAAGAAUUGGGUUUGAUGGGGCCAAGAUGGAAAGGGAAGGGCGCAGAGGCUAAGGCACUUGCAGAGCCCAUGUCGGAGAUAGUCUCACAGCUUCAGUCUUCUUUAACACGUUCAGAUUCUCAAGGAUUACUCUCAGGGUGCAGUGUACUUCUUGAAGCUGGAGCAGAACAAACUGAACUUCUUAAUCGCUCAUGUUUUGGUCGACCUGUUAUUACAGCCGAGAAGGAUAAGCAAUGGUUUCAGUUGAGCAUGGAGGAAGCAUUUUACCUUUGCCAUUCUCUAGGAUGUCUCAAGAUUGUUGGUGAAGAUAAUCAUCUGAAGAAUGACGAAGAACUAUGGCAGUACAUGAAAUCUAGGAGAGAAACUUUCCCAGAUUUUUACAUGGCAUAUUCUCAUCUUCGAAUAAAAAAUUGGGUUGUGAGGUCAGGAUCACAGUAUGGUGUGGACUUUGUUGCAUACCGGCACCAUCCUGCUCUUGUUCAUUCUGAAUAUGCUGUGCUUGUCUUAUCAGAAGAAAAUGAGAAUGCAAAUGGACGAUUGAGGGUGUGGUCUGAUUUUGACUGUACAAUUCGACUUUGUGGAAGUGUUGCGAAGACAUUGUUAGUCAUACACAUCAAUAAAAAUGGUCAUGGCGCCACCACUCCUUUGUGUUUAAAGAAAUAUAGUGUUGAAGAGCGCACAAUCACAAGAUGGAGCGCAGAGCAAUGUCGUGAGGUUCAGACCCCUGAAACCAGUUCCAAGUAAGAAACAGAGUUGGAUCUUCUUCUGCAUCUUCUGCCAUAUUAGGUUUGUUUAUGUAACUGAUUCUAGUCAUAUCUAUUUCAUCAUAGGCAAAUUAUCCGAAAAUUGAGUUAUCAUCUGAACCCCAGCAACCAUGAAAUUAUUUUUGGAUUGUUAACAUCAUAAACAACGAAUCUUUUCGUACUUGAUGUCAUUUCAAAAUUGGUCUCAUAUAUUCCAUGUAUCUUGUCCUAUUUUUAUGAAAUUGAAGAAAUGGUAGCAAUUCAAUUUUCCCAUUUCUGGAGUGGAUCUUUCCCAUGUCCUUGCUCCUUUUUUCUGUUUUGAUGGUUGGGGAUCAAUAAGAGGGUCCACUUUAAACUAGAAGAUUUUCAUCUUCAAAAUGUAAUGAUUGUAUCCUUAUGUAAUGCCUAAGAAAUAUAUGUAAUGAUAGUGUCAUUUGUCUUA